AUGCCUGAAGAAUCCAAGUUCAAUAUACAGAAGAAUCACUGUCGCGUUUCAACUUUGGCGCAACUCUCAAGGAUGAAGGCUUUUCCAGGUCGAUAUCGUCGUCAAGCUCCAUUUGCACACAGUUUGCGAGAAAUCCGAAGACGUCCUCCGCUGAUCCUGCAAGCAAUAGGUCCGUUGGCAUUUGGCAAACGGGAUGGCGAUGAUGCUAAAAUGGCCGUACCGGGACUCGGAACCUUUGGAGNCGCGAUUCACGAUAUCAUAUAUUCACUCUACAAUCGUCCGUUGGCAUUUGGCAAACGGGAUGGCGAUGAUGCUAAAAUGGCCGUACCGGGACUCGGAACCUUUGGAGUGGGAGACGUGAAGAGUAGCAUCGCCAGAUUCAUCCCAGCCGGAACAAACGAUGAGGUUCCAAAUGGCGGCACUUUCGAACUGGCUGAUAAGCCAAAUCUCGGCUAUAUGGACAGAGAAACAACAGCGGGGAAAGCCAGUGGGUCGACAGGCAAGAUGUCAUUGGGUGGCAUUGGCACUUUUCACGUGGGCCAGGAAAAGGAGCAAGGCACCGGCUUGCUUGACUUCUCGAAAGCAUUGUUCCCAUUCCUCGAACUGCCAGCGUUGAAAACCGAAGAACAACCGAAUCCGUACACAUCGGAUAAUCCUGCUCUCGGUGAGAUUUACUAUCCAAAACCGAAGUCGUACGUCGAUGAAGCGGAAAAACAAAUGGAAAUCAAUCCACCGCCACCGAAAACUCCUUUUACUGAGAUAGAAGACUCAACUGUCAAAAAUCAAAACUCGACUAGGAUAUCCGGACAAGUUACGUGUUCAUGCAGCAAAAACCCAUAUUGA